CAUCUUUAAUACCUCUACAAUUUUGAGUGUGUCUUAUUUCAGGUCAGUUCACCUUAAUUAAAUCAAAUCUAUUUCUGACGAAAUAGUUGUUGACAAUCUUUCAUCUUUUUAAGUCCAAAAAGCUCAAAACUAUUAGAUUUAAAUAUACCAAAGAGCUCAAAAUGACAUGAAUUAAUUAAACAUAUCCAUCUAUGUUGUGUUGAGUCUCUAAGAAUAGUAGCAACAUAUAGCAAGAUAGGUAGUUUUGUCAAUCGACAAGACAUUAAGAGCAUAUUUUUAUGGAAUCUAAAUAACCUGAAAAAUAGGGGUCAGGGGCAAACCCAUCAGUUAUAUUGUAUUCUCUUAAUACAAUAAGCCUAAGAAUAUCUUCUAUCAGCCGAUCAUAAUAAAACCUUAAAGCUGCUCUUCAUAUUUCUUUCUUUAUCUUUCCUUAAUCACUCUGCCUUCAUCUUAUUACCUUAAAGGCUUAACUUAGCUUGCAAGUUGCAAACAAACAAUUCGUGUGUGUAUAUAUAUACACCUUUUUGUACGUUACAAAUGGCGAAAAGCUUUAAAACAGGCAUUUCUUUGGUGUUAUCAACCAUUUCUUUGUGUUUAUACGGGUAUAAUCAUAAUACUAAUCAUAAUCGAAAACGUCGUAUUCGACUUACCAACGACGUUAGGUAUUACUCCUACAAUAUGCCCAAGUCAUCUCGACCGUUGUCUCUGCAGACUGUGGAGUUAAAGGUUCGCAUGUGUUGUACCGGUUGUGAAAGGGUCGUUAAGGAUGCCAUUUUAAAACUUCGAGGAGUGGAUUCGAUCAGUGUAGAGUUACCAAUGGAAAAGGUGACAGUAAUAGGAUACGUGGAUCGAAAUAAGGUGUUGAAAGCAAUAAGAAGGGCAGGAAAAAGGGCAGAAUUUUGGCCAUAUCCUAAUCCACCCCUUUACUUCACUUCUGCGUCCAACUAUUUUAAGGACAUGACCCAUGAUUAUAAGGAGACUUACAAUUAUUAUAGACAUGGUUACAAUGUUGGAGAUAGGCAUGGAACCCUUCCUGUUUCCUCUCGUGGAGAUGAUAAAGUUAGCAAUAUGUUCAAUGAUGAUAAUGUUCAUGCUUGCACCCUUAUGUAAUAAUACAUAAUAAUCAUGCAACAACUUAUUAUAUUUUCUGUCGAAUAUUCUAAUAUCGUUAAGUAACUUUCACUUAAAAUGGAAUUUAAAAAGGUCAAAUUUACGUAUAAUUUUUAUGCUUUUGUAAAUCUCAAUCUUAAAAAAAAAGGAAUAUGCAUUUAAGUUUGGUGUAGAAAACAUAUAUGUUGUGAUCAUAUUGUAAUGAUAUUAUUCUUAGUAAAUUAACUUAUUAUGUUUUC